AUGUUUACCCUCAAUGGGACUUACAAGUGGGCCGAUGCGCUAUCCCAACUCGUCAAGGAAUAUAACACUCGAAAGCAUCGAACAAUCGGCAUGCGACCCGUUGACGUAACUCCCGCUGUUGCUGAGAGACUCUUGACUACUGUAUACAGCGCGAUAAAGAUAGCGGCUCCAGCAAGGUUCAAAGUAGGCGAUUCGGUACGCGUUAGCAAAUACAAGACGAUCUUCGAGAAGGGUUACAUGCCAAACUGGACCACCAAGGUUUUUCGCAUAGCUAAAGUUCAGCGUACCAACCCCGUGACCUAUCUACUCGACGACUAUCGCGACAAACCAGUCGCCGGAGCGUUCUACGAGCACGAGUUGCAUCGCGCGAGGUAUCCGGACGUGUAUCUCGUAGAGAAAGUACUGCGCAGGAGAGGUGACGAGGUCUACGUGAAGUGGUUGGGAUUCGAUGGAUCGCACAAUUCAUGGAUACACAAAGACAAUGUCGUUUAA